UAUGAACAAAAGAAAAGAGAAAAGAUAAACUUCCUGAAAGUAGAAAAGCAACUGAUUGAAAUGGAACAAGAAAUAAAAAGAACACUUUCAGUUGGCAAUGCAGAUAUAGAUAAAUGCAUAGCUGUGAUGGAGGAAUUAAAUAACAUGACUAUUGAGCCUGUCAUGCUACAGAAAAAUCCAGCAAUUUUGAAAACUAUUAAGAUGUGUCGGAGAUACAAAGGUGAUUCCAGAGUUCAGAAGAAGUCGGAACUGAUUUAUAAUAGAUUCAAAACAAUGUUUAUGGUUGGAGAAGGAGAAAAUUUUUCAGAGGUUUUCAGAAAGGCUAAAGACAAAUAUCAAAAAGAACAAAAGGAGAGAGAUGCUAAAGAAAAACAAGAAAGAGAAAAUAAAGAAAAUUUCGACAAAGAUAAAGAAAGUCCAGUUGAAAACAAGGAAGACCAGCCAGAUUUACCAUUAACAGAAAGUGUCUCAACUGAGGUCCCUCAGCAACAACAGGAGGAACAACAGCAACAGGAGAACAAAAAUGACAAUAAAAUGGAAGUUACCGACAACAUGCAACAAAGUAUCCCUGACACUCCAUUGCAUUCACUAAGUGCUUUAGAAAGUAAAAACUCUCAGAGUGAAACAAUAAAGGAAUUCAAAACUCAAGAUUCAGAGAGUAAGACAGUGAUUCCUGGCCUUGGGGGAACAGAUGAAACAGAUUCCAAAAUGGACACAACAGAAAGCCCUAAAGACACAGGGCCUACAAAACCAUUGGAAUCAGAUUCCAAUAAAAUUGCAACUCAGAAUGGGUUAGAACUUGAAUCCAUGGAUGUAGAUCUUACUGCCAGCAUUUUGAAAAGUGUAGAGAAAGAAUCACAAUCUUCGGUGAUGGAAUCGAGUAACUUUGGAUUUUCCCUCCAGCCUAUGCCUGGUCUUUCAUUAGGGCGGCCUGCUACGGAGAAACCAACAGAACAGAGCCGUUCACAGCUUGCUCCCUUGGAUGAGAGGCUAAAACUGUUCUCUACGGAAGUAGAUGCUGUCAAAUUUGAUGAUGAACCUGAAACACCUCCUGAACACCGGGACCUUGAAGCUCGCAUUGCACAAAUUAUCAAAAAUACUGAAGAUGGUGGAGAUGCAGCAGCUACCAGCACUGCUCCUAAGUAUGAAGCACCAGCACCAGUGGCACCCCAACCCGCGCCAGUAGUCCCCAAAGCAGUGGCGCCACCACCCAUUAAACAAACAGUGGCAACAGAAAGUGAAGAUGACCCUCCCAUAGAUGAUGACGAACUAUAUCAAAUGCUCGGAAUAUGACAUGUGUAUAUUUAAAUUGAAUUUCAUUGAGAUUAAUGGCACAUAUUUAAUACAUAAAAUUCUUAAGACAUAAGGCUGUGUACAUUUUAGUACUUGCUGAAAGUUGUUUUUGUCCAACAGACAGUGGAUGAUAGAAAAUCUGAAAGACAAAGCUUCUAAACGCUGAACAGUAAUGUUGCGCAGAAUUGCCAUGUAUGUCAUUUGAUGCCUUUAUUACCUGUCUGUAUUGGGGGUUAAUGUAACAUGUAGUCUUAGAUUUAGUUUCGUGAUUGUUUCCUGUCUGGCUAGUUUGCCACUAAUGAUACUUGUGUUCAUUCUUCAAUUGGUCUCAUCUUGAAUCUUUACCCUGAUUAUCAUUAAAUAUAUCACUGCUUACAAGCUUGACUGUAAUAGUUAGACAAAUCUUAAAUGCUGGUGCGUAAGGGACGGACUUGGCGCUCAAUAUCGAUUUUUUGAUGAAAAUUUUAAUUCAAAUCAACCAGGAGGGUCUUUAUUUUCUCGCAUGCUUAUUAUUGUAUUCAGUUCAGUAGGAAACUUCAAUGAGCCUUGGAAUAAAAAUAAUUGUACAUACUUGCUUCUAAUUUGUGAAGUGCACAAUAUGAAACCAAUUAUACUGUGUAGAAUUCGAUUAAAAAGAGAAUUUUAGUUUUGUAUAAAUCAGUUAACUAGAUCGAUACAAAUCAAAUAAGCUUGUAUGCAAAUGACAGUUAAGUAGCACUUCUCAAAAUGUAUACUGUGUAAGCAUGUAAAUUGUUAGCAUGGUAUAGAUAAAACAGUUGUAUUAAUCAAUUGGCAUUUUCAAUAAUAAAUGCCCAUGAGAAAUUCUCUGAAUCCAGCUGUUUUGGUCAAUUCAGAUUGUUGAAAGCUCUCUCUAAUGCUAUAGAAAACUGCGUAUUUUCAUGACUUCAACAAAUGGAAAAAAACUAGGAAUAAUACAAAAUGUAAGACAAUACCAGACGAUACUUUAUUUACACGGUAUUACAUUUUACAUUAAUAAUGCAUCCCAAGGUUACCUUGGAGAUUUUAGAAAGCAGUGAGGAAAAUACAACCUUGCCAUAUGUAUGAUGCUGGAAACAAACUUGAUACUAUACUUUGUGUGCAUAGUAUCCAAAACAAUCCAAAUGCAUAUUGAAAAGCAUAUAAUUGCAUAACACAAUAUAUAAUUUCAAUUACUUUUUCUCCAUUUAGAGUAUUUUUGAUUUUAUCCUAAUACAUUUAGAUAUGAUAAACAACUAUGCCAAGACAAAGUUUUAAAUGAAUUUUCAUGUUCUAUUUUUAUAAUUAAAAAAAAAAA